AUGCCAAGACACACCGGCUUCCCGGAUUCCAAAAAAAAGGUUUCUUGUACGGCCGGAUUUGCAAGUGACAUCGCCACAUGUCGUAUCCCGAUCCCACAGUCAACAUCGUAUGUCCCGGUUUCUGGGUCUUCCCAGCCAAAGCGACACAAGACUCACAAAGCAUGCAUUUAUUGUAAACGAUCCCACAUGACAUGUGACAAUGGUCGACCGUGCAAACGAUGCAUUUCAAGAAAAAUUGGCCAGCUAUGUCGAGACGAAGAGGUCCCAUCGUCCUCAUUCCCCUUGCCUUUCUCUGUCAAGUUUAAGCGAAAAAACACGGACAUUUAUUCCGCGUACAUCCUUGGCGCGAAUUCUCCAGACCAUCCAGAUGCAACUAAGCUUUCCGUGGAGCUUUGCAAAAGCCAAGAUUCUUGUGCCGAAACCGACUUUUCCAUCAAGCUGCCUUCGGAGUUGGCAAAACCAUCGCUGUCUACAACAAAUCGACACCCCAAAAAUGGCAUUUUCGAGCUUGCAGGUGGCGGGCAGGAUUUUUUUUCUUACCUUCUUUUUGCCUCCGGUAUUUGCUCAUCCUCUGGAUCAACAAGGGAAAAGCUCCACAAAAUCGUUUCCGAAAGAUACAAUUGCGGGCUUUUAGCCCCAUAUGACUACCAUUCUGCGUUCAAAUUUCUGAAAGAAAAAUCGGCCACCAUUGACUUUUCAGAGCAUGCCAUCUCCACGAUCUCUUCAUUGAUUGACGAGGAUAUUUCCAUGUCGCAAACGAGAUGGGCGCAGCUGUCGUCGAUUAUGGAUUUCGUUAAUGUUGAGGUUUCUCUUUACAGAAUGCUUUUGGAGUAUGACCGGUACUUUCGAGAAAUCUCGAUCCCCACUGCAUUGUGGAGACGAUCCGGGCAAAUAUUAAAGACAAACUCUUCCUUCUUAACGCUGGUUGGCGUUGACAGGGACAAAUCUCCCCAUAGCAUUUUGGAUUUUUUCUGCGAAAAAACCUUUUUGAACUACUUGAAGCGAUAUAUUGGCAUCGCAUACGAUUUGGAGCAUAGGACAGUUCUUACAUGUGCAUUCCUAAAAAGGCCAGAUCAGAAAAAUGGGCCUUUUGUCUCGUGCUCCUUUUCCUUUACCGUCAGAAGAGAUAUCCAUGGCGUGCCUUGCUUGAUUGUUGGCCAGUUUAUCGCCACAUAG